AUGACCAUAUCCGACGACAACAUAGCACAUCAUAACAGCCAACCUAGCGAACAACCUACCACAUCACAACAUCAGACCAUAUCAUCAAAAAUCCAACAUCAACCACAACAUCAAACAUCACCAACCGCCCAUCAGCAACAGCCAACAUCACCCAACGAACAGCAGCAACCAUCAACAUCAUCCAUCCAACAGCAACCACGAUCAUCACCUACCGAACAGCAGCAACAAUCAUCACCUAUCCAACAACAACAACCUUCGUCAUCAAACAUCCAACAGCCACAGCACCACGUAAACAACGAAUCAGCAUCCAUGAAAACAGCAACCGACCAGUCACAAUCCGGAACAUCCACUAAUCUCUGCUACCGCACUCUUACCUACAUUCCAUCACUAUCCACUAGAAUCAUCAGGGACCUGAAAAAGGAUUUCAAAAACAUUAAAAUUGCCCAGAAAACCGUCAACAAUAUCGGAAAAUUAUAUCCGAUUGUUAAAGACCCCAUAUUGCCAGCUCAACAGUCCAACAUAGUCUACAGCAGUGAUGCCACAUUUCUAUCGUUCAAAACUAGCUGA